CAGGUGAAAGCGACUACGGAAUUAUCGCGCUACAGGGCGAUAAGACUGACGACUGAUUAGUUAACCAGCGGCGAUCGUCGAGGUGAAAGUUCACACAUCUCCGCUCCAAAAUGUCAGCAAAGGCAGUGUCCAAGUCCAGCAAACCAGGCGCCUCCAAGGAGCCGUCGGCGGUCACUAAAUUGUACCUGUUUGCGUACAACGCCGGUCAGGUGGUCGGAUGGAGCUACAUACUGUGGCAGCUGGUCAACUACUACAUAUUGCAGGGUCCGGAGUUCCGUGCGCAGGUGACGUUGUGGGAGUAUACUCGGCUGGCCGUGAUCAUCUUCCAGAAUGCCGCAUUCGUGGAGAUCCUUAAUGCUUCUUUUGGCUUGGUCAAGUCGAACCCUGUGGUCACUGGCUUCCAGGUGUUCAGCCGCAUGAUGGUGGUCGUCGGCGUGGUGAUGGCCACGCCCACUGGCAAGGUUUCACCCGGCCUGCCCAUUGCCCUGCUGGCCUGGGCCAUCACUGAAAUCAUCCGGUAUGGAUACUACGCCCUGAACAUCGUCAAGGUUGUGCCCCAUUUUGUGGUGUUCCUGCGCUACACCACCUUUAUUGUCCUGUAUCCCAUCGGCGUGACCGGGGAGCUGCUGUGCUUCUGGUGGGCCCAGAGCUAUGCCCGUGAGAACAGCGUGUGGAGUGUGGUGAUGCCCAACAAGUGGAACGCCACCUUCUCAUACUUCGGAUUCCUGUGGAUCGUCAUGCUCGGCUACAUCCCCAUCUUCCCGCAGUUGUACCUGCACAUGUUCGCCCAGCGCCGUAAGAUCCUGGGCGGUGGAGCCAGCGGCUCACCCCAAAAGAAGGCCAACUGAACCUUGACCAGCGGCGAAUGCAAAUUAUUGCAUCAUUUGCAUAUCUUUGGCCGUCGCACUUUGGAGCCGUUUUCGCUUUUUGGGGUCUCUCUUGCCUCACCUCUUACACAAGCACAUUCGUUCGGACUAAGCUUAGUUAUAAGUGGUUUUGUGUACAAAUAAACCUAGAUACUCUUCCAACAAA